ACAGACAGGAUCCCCGGUGAUCCUCUGCCCGGAGUGGGCGCUCCGUCUGCGAGCGCAAGGGAAGAACGGGUGUAAUGGGGUGCAGGUGGGGCGGCUACUGGUGAUGUCACAGCCAGAAGACAGCGGUGGUUGGAUCUAAUUAAAAUUUGCGACAGCAAAUAGAUAGGCUUCCUGCAGGACUGGAUUCAAAGUCGCUGGUGCCCAAAUUAUCGCAGAGCGAGGCUGAUUCCAGACGCUCUAUACACUCCGCGCGACGGAGGCGGGUAUCAGUGUGAGCCUUCAUGCUAUGCUGAAUACAGUCUCUCUGACGAGGCAGGCUCGCAGGAGUUUCAGAGGUAAUUUUGCAGACAGAGCUUUACCAGCGAUACACACUCCCCGGUAAGAGUUCGGGAGGGAAUAAAGAGAGUCAGAAAUAUCCACAACGUCACCGAGGACUGUUUUAUAUCACGAACUGAGAACAAACAACCGCGCAGCAAAUCCAAGUUUCUUCACCGUCAGACGAGCGAUUGUGAUGGCAUCAGUACUUGGAAACAACACCCGUGCAUCGGGAACUCCGAGCAGUCAAGUCAAAUGCAAGUUUAAAAGGAGAAGGAGGAGAAGAUCGAAGAGAAAAGACAAAGUCAGCAUGCUCUCAGCAUUGAUCGCCCCCUUCAAGUGCAUGAGCCAAGGGACCCUCUCCAGCACAGAGGAUGAAGACAGUUCUAGCACCAGCAGUGUGGAGGUCAAAGAAAACCGUAACAUCGGCAACCUGGAGGACCGGGGCAUCGUCCCCGGCGACUGUCAGUCACUUUUCAGAGCGGACGUGUCGAGAGGCGGGACUUCCGGUUUGAAGAGGAAGCGUCCGUUGGAAGAGGACAACAACGGGCACCUGUGUCAGCUCCGCCUCGUAUACAAAACCCUGUCCUGGUCGGACACGCCGAAGAACGCCCUGGUCCAGCUCAACGAGCUCCGGCCGGGCCUCCAGUACCGCGUGGCGUCCCAGACAGGCCCCGUCCACGCCCCCGUGUUCUCCAUCGCCGUGGAGGUUAACGGACUGACCUUCGAGGGCACGGGCCCCACCAAGAAGAAGGCCAAGAUGAGGGCAGCGGAGCUGGCUCUCAAGUCCUUCAUCCAGUUCCCCAACGCCCCAACGGCCCACCUGGCCAUGGGCAACCUGGCCAGCCCCUCGGCCGACUUCACCUCCGACCAGGCCGACUUCCCUGACACGCUCUUCAAGGGGUUCGAGCCGUCGUCCUGCUCCGUGGACGGCUUCUCCCGCUGCAGGCCGCCGUCGGACAGCGAGCUGCUCCUCUCCAGCGCGCUGCGCCGCGGCCGGCUGCUCCAGCACACGCUGGACCUCAUGGUCCAGGCCAAACAGAGGCUGGGGGUCGCCCUCCCUAUGGCCCCCGAGGCCCCCGAGGCCCCCGAGGCCCCCGUGGCCCUGCUCAACGAGUUGCGGCCCGGCCUGCGCUACGUCUGCCUGUCCGAGAGGGUGGAGGGCCGGAGGGUGCGGAGCUUCGUCAUGGCGGUGCGCGUAGACGGGAGGAUAUUCGAGGGCUCCGGUCGAAGCAAGAAGCUGGCCAAGACCCAGGCUGCCCAGCAUGCACUGCAAGCCCUCUUCAACAUCCGCCUCACCCCUGAAGGGAGAACAGGCCUCAAGCCCAGCAGGAAUAGAUGCCCUCAUUUACCCCAGGACUUUGCCGAUUCAAUAUUCCACUUGGUGCGGGAGAAAUACCUGGAGCUGGUCCAUAGCUGCAGCCCUACGCAGGCGCGUCACAAAGCCCUGGCAGGCAUCGUAAUGACCAGAGGCCUGGACCUGAGGCAGGCCCAAGUGGUAGCACUCUCCACCGGUACCAAAUGCAUCAAUGGCGAGUACAUCAGCGCCCAGGGUCUAGUGGUCAACGACUGUCACGCUGAGAUCACCACUAGGAGGGCCCUGAUCAGAUACCUGUACUCCCAGCUGGAGCUGUACCUCAGUAACAGGCGAGAGGACUGGGAACAGUCGAUAUUCGUGCGCCAGAAAGACACCGGUUACAGGUUGAGGGACAACGUUCAUUUCCAUAUGUACAUCAGCACCUCGCCUUGUGGAGACGGACGUCUGAACUGCCCCUACGAAAUCACCUCCGACUUGAGCAGCAGCAGGCACCUGAUGAGGAAGUGUCACAGUCACCUUCGGACCAAGAUCGAGUCGGGGGAGGGGACCCUGCCAGUGCGGUGUCCCCGCGGGGCGCUCCAGACCUGGGACGGCGUGCUGCAGGGAGAGCAGCUCAUCACCAUGUCCUGCACAGACAAGAUCACCAGGUGGAAUAUCCUGGGUGUCCAGGGGGCGCUGCUGAGUCACUUCCUGGAGCCCGUCUACCUGCACAGCCUGACGCUAGGCAGUGUCCGACACACAGGCCACUUCCACAGGGUGAUGAGCCAGAGGCUGGAACGAGUCGGACCUCUCCCCGCCUUCUACAGACGCAAUCAGCCUCUUCUGAGCGGUUUGAGCAGUGGUGAGUGUCGUCAGCCAGGAAAGGCCCCCAGCGUCAGCAUCAACUGGACGUGUGGCGACGCCCAGCUGGAGGUGGUUAACACGGCAACAGGGAGGAGGCGGGAGGUGGGGGCGCCGUCGAGGCUGUGCAAGCACGCUCUGUUCACACGCUGGACCAGGCUGUACCGCAAGUUGAGCGUCCACGCGUCGGGGCCUGUGGACAAGCCGCUGAUGUACUGUGAAGCCAAGAUGGCAGCGCGCUGCUACCAGACAGUCAAGCAGCAGUGGUUCAGAUCUCUGCAGGAAACUGGCCUGGGGACCUGGGUCAAGAAACCGCCCGAGCAAGAGCAUUUCCUGCUUACGGACUGAGUGAAAUGAGGGGGGGGGGGGGGGUGAGGGAGUGUGUGUGUAUGUGUGUCUGACAGUUGCGUUGGGGCUUUUGAACUUUCUAGAUCUCAACUCCCAAUAUGUAGUCAUUCCUUUAUUCAGUCCCACCAAAAAAUAACCCUAAGUUUCUUUGAACCUCAAUACAUCCUUCCAUCAGUUACCUUGUUCUCUACCUUUUUAAAUCCUUCCCUUACCCUUGGAUGUCAGAGAGGAGAGAGAGGAGAGGAGAGAGGACAGAAGAGAAGAGGGGAGGGGAGAGGAGAGGAAAGGGAA